AUGGCUGGCAGGAUUGCGAUCCCAACUGGUCAGAACAUAAUCGCUUGUGUUCUUGGGGUGCAGGAACUUGUUGCUGUUCCCCGCGGUGCUCUCCCGUUGGUGGCCACGUUAGCCUCAACGAAAUCGCUCCCGCAACCUAAUAGCUCCAUCAGCGUUUACAACUGCAAGCAGCAUGCGUUCCUUGAAUCGCGAGAUCUGAACCUUCGGCGAGCGGGCAAUAAUUUGCAUCCUACGGGCAUGGCCUCGGCGCAAGACCCAGCAUCCACAACGCUCAUCGCGAAUCAUGAUGACAGUAUCGUGUCAUCGUGGGAAUCCUCCACGGCGACCCGCUGUGUGAGUCGUGGUCUGCUGAUCGCGACGCAUCGGGGACGCAUGGCACUGCAUACUCCCACGCGUCCCAAGGUUAAUGCGUGUCUUAUGAAGGUUGUGGAAGGUCAGCAGUCGACCAGCAAAGUAAGAGCUGCUCAAUCAGCGCAGGAGACUGUCGGCAGGUGCCCUGCGCAACGUCAACAACAGCCGCGCAUAACACAGUGUAUGACGAAGAGGCCAGGAACUGCAGCUCGAAGCGGUGACUCGGCUCUCAUCCGGACACGGCCCGACAGAGUUCAAUGCGUCCCGUAG